GGACAUCGCUGACCUUGCCCUUGUCCUUGUCCCCCUCUCCGGCUCCGGUGGGACAGGGUUUGUAGGGACACGACGCUGGUCCUUCUCUUCCCACAACCAUAUUUCCCAAGCAGGACAACCUCUUUAUUUCUCCUCCACCUCCCUUUUGAGGUUGGAGCUUUGUAUUUAUAACGCUGGCCCCACGUCUUGGCUGUAUUUUGGUGUUUUGGAGGGGUUUAUGGGCUGCAUUUUGGUGUUUUGGAGGGUUUUCUGGGCUGUAUCUUGGUGUUUUGGAGGGGUUUAUGGGCUGUACUUUGGAGAGGUUUAUGGACUGUAUCUUGAGGGUUUUAUGCACAAAAGAUCUUGGUGGUUGACUUCCCAGUAGGGAUGGACUUGGGCAGGAGCAACCCACAACCCAAACCAGGGAACGCGCUCACAGCUUGUUUCCCUCCCCCCAACCCAGGAUUUCCCGUUCCCAAACCUUGCCCAGAUUGAGGAGGAGGCCGUGAGGAAGAGGAGAUGCUACGAGAUACCCAGGCAGGCGAUGAGAUGGGGACGGAGAACACGGAGGAGAAACCCCACCAGCAGAACCUUGCGGAAGAGGCUGUUUUGAAGGGCUCCGUGGAGCAGGAGGUCAACGGGGGAGGAAAAGCCAAGAAGAUGCCCCACGGGGAGAGGUUUGCAAACCCCCCCCCACGAAGCUCAGAUGAGGAAAGACCGACCAUCUGCAAGGAAUGCGGCCGGAGCUUCAGCCGGAGCUCGAACCUGGUGGUCCACCAGCGGUUGCACGCUGGUGAGAAGCCCUACAAGUGCUUGGAGUGCGGGAAGAGCUUCAGCCGUAGCUCCCACCUCAUCACCCAUCAACGUCUGCACACCGGGGAGAAGCCCUACAAGUGUCCUGAUUGCGGGAAAAGCUUCAGCGACAGCUCCACUCUCAUCACCCACCAACGCUUGCACACCGGUGAGAAGCCCUACAAAUGCCCCGAUUGCGGCAAGGGCUUCAACCAGAGCUCCAACCUCACGUCCCACCAACGCACCCACACCGGGGAAAGACCCUACAAGUGCCCCGAGUGCGGGAAGAGCUUCAGCGUCAGCUCCUACCUGAUCCGCCACCAGAAGAUCCACACCGGGGAGAGACCCUAUAAGUGCGAGGAGUGCGAGAAGACGUUCAGCCAGAGCUCCAGCCUCAUCAUCCACCAGCGUGUCCACACCGGGGAGAAGCCCUACAGAUGUGUUGACUGCGGGAAGUGGUUUAGGAACAGCUCGGACCUCAUUAGGCAUCAGCGGACACAUACGGGUGAGAGACCCUACCGCUGCCCUGACUGCGGGAAGAGCUUCAACCGCAGCUCCAACCUGAUGACCCACCAACGCAUCCAUACCGGGGAGAAGCCCUACGAGUGUCCUGAGUGCGGUAGGAGCUUCACCGUGAGUUCUGCCUUGAUUAAACACCAAAGGACCCACCGGGAAGGGAAGCCCUAUGAGUGCCCUGACUGCGGGAAGAGCUUUAUCCGCUGUUCAAACUUCAUUACCCACCGAAGGACCCACGUUGGGUAGAGACCUGGUGACCCAUGUUGGGUAGAGACCUGGCUGGUGGUCCCCACAUCUUCCUGGUUCCCCAUAGGGACCUGGAUGAAUGCAGGUAGGAACAUCCAUUUGCUGAGAUGGGCUUAGCUGUGGGACGCAGACCAAAGGCAGAAAUUCAUUAGGAAGAGUGGACUCAUUGGCUUUAGACUCCAAAAAGUCACAUCUGCUUGGCCCAAUAAUUUCUUCUGGUGGCAUCAAGCAACACCAUAUGGACCGCGGGCUUCUUCCACAGACAAAGGGUGAAUGGAUUUGGGCACAGACCAAAAUUUUGAAGACACUACUUGGGACUCAGCUUCUUCGGGAAGGAAGAAGUGGGGUGGAAACAGUCCCACAACCCUGUUGGGACACACCAGGCUGAGUUCUUCCUCAUUUACAGGUUUGGGUUUUUUUCACAUGAUGUUAUUCGGUAGCAUCAUGCAACCUCUGUCCUGCCCAUCUACGGUUCAUCUUUGGAUGACUAAACUCUUGAAUUGUCCAAAGGGCUUCAGAAGAGGCUCCUGCAACAUCUUAGGGAUGGAGAUGGGCACAGCCCAACUCCACGUCCUACUCUCACUCCCUUGUGCUGCCAAAAUUAAACAAGAACUCAGCUGCAAUAACUUUCCCUUCACUCACCGCCUUGGUAUGGCCUUGUUGAACCCACACCACCUCGUUUUCAUCCAGGCUGGGGCUUGGACAUCUCUAGGGUUGAAUUUUCCUAAUGGUGCUGAAAGGAUGGGAGUGGUGGGACAACUCCAUGGGUGGGUGGAGGGUGAGAAGGACACGUGGGCUUGUGGUGUCCAUGUUUUGGAAGGAUGCUGCACCCCUAUGACCAUCAGCGCCAAAUAAACCUCAUCCAUGGUUUGGUUUGAA